AUGGCAGAGCUACAGCAAGCAAUCCUUUUGAUGACGGAACUCCUGCAGAAGCUGGCACAGCCGAACAAUACGGAGCAAACUCUCGAAUCCUUGGCAACCAACAUCAGUGAAUUUUCGUUCGACCCGGAAAAUGGAAUCACUUUCGAAAAGUGGUACAGCCGGUAUACGGAUCUUUUCGAAUCGGAUGCCAAGAAUUUAGACGAUUCCGCCAAGGUACGCCUGCUGUUAAGGAAGUUGGACACACCAUCCCACGUCAGUAACCGAAAGUACGUGCCUACUUUGAUCAACGGCGUGGCUACCAGGCUCCAACUGGACACAGUAAGCGAUAUCACGGUGAUAUCAAAGCAAACCUGGAACAACUUGGGUAACCCUUCAAUCAUCAAACCGACGAUCCAAGCAAUCAACGCGUCGGGCAAACCACUUCAUCUGAUGGGAAGUCGAUCGAUCAGCAGAUUAGUGAAUUUCGAGCAAAGCAUCAAUGAUUCACUGGGACACUGCAGGAAAUUGAAGGUAAAGCUUUUUCUCAAACCAAAUGCUAAACCUAUUUUCUGUCCAAAGCGCCCAGUUCCUUUCAACACCAUUCCAUUGGUCGAUGCUGAACUCACACGGUUACAAUCAUUGGGCAUCCUCGAACCUGUCGAUUUCUCCGAAUGGGCUGCUCCCAUCGUGGCAGUGCGCAAACCUAACGGUCGAGUGCGCAUAUGUGCAGACUACUCGACGGGGCUAAAUGAGGCGUUGGAACCAAAUCACUAUCCGCUUCCGACGCCGGAGGAAAUUUUCGCCCAACUCAACGGCAGCACCGUUUUCAGCAUCGUCGAUCUUUCCGAUGCGUAUCUGCAGCUUGAGGUGGAUGACGACUCCAAGAAGCUGCUCACAAUCAACACGCAUCGAGGAUUGUUCCGGUUCAAUCGUCUGGCUCCCGGAGUGAAAUCUGCGUCGGGCGUAUUUCAACGUGUGGUGGAUGGAAUGAUAACAGACAUACCUGGUGUCCGCUCUUUCAUCGAUGAUGUCAUCGUGUUUGGAAAGGACAUCAGCUCACACGCAACGUCACUCAACCUACUCUUCCAGCGGCUCAAAGAGUAUGGUUUCCACGUGAAGGCUGAGAAGUGUCAUUUCUUUCAAUCACAACUCGGCUAUUUGGGGCACAUUGUGGACAUACAAGGCAUUCGUCCAGACCCCGAGAAAGUGAAGGCUAUUGCUGCACUCCCACCGCCAACCAACGUCCCGAGCUUCGAUGGUACCUGGGUGCGGUCAACUUCUACGGUAGGUUCGUGCGCAACAUUCACGAAUUACGGCAUCCAAUGGACCAGCUGUUGA